AUGUGUAUAAAGUUUGAUGACAUUGGUGCUCUUGAGGAUGUGAAAAGUGCAUUAUUCAGGGACUUACUUCCCAAACCCCCUUCCUUCAAACCCAAUCCUUUCACUCCUGCAGAUGAUGAAGACUCAAAACCUAAAACCAAAUCUCAGAUCGAUAACAAGACAGAAGAAGAACUCAAAGAUUUAGAAGAUGAUCUUGAUGACAAUUGUUUCCUCAAAGAAUGCAGGAGAUGCACUCCAGAAGGUGUUGCUAUGAUUUUAUGCCAAUCAGAUCUUGUUCUUAAUGAUGGACUCAAUGGUAAAGCUUCUAGAGAAGUUGUUCUUGAAGGAGUGAGGAAAAGGUUUAUAGAGAUGCACUCCAGAAGAUAUGUCUGUUUGUUUGGCAUUCAUUUGCUUUGUUUAUGUUGUUAUGCAACUGCUCUUUCAAUCUUUGUUGUCAGUCUUUUAAAGGAAUAUUGCUUUUUGGGCCUCCUAGGAAAACACUUGUUGCCAAAGCAGUUGCAAAUGAAGUAA